AUGAGAGGUGGUCUCACGACAGAAGGCUCGGCGGCGGGGCUGCUGGCCGCGCAUGCCGUCAAGGGGCCCCUGCACGCCCCAAGGCAUGGCUUUGAGCGCGGUGCUGGGAGGACUGCAGCGGGGCACGGCUCUCCGCGAUGCCGCGGGGCGCACUCCGCCAUCGUCAGCGCCAUUGGCCGUGACUUCUCGCCUGUGGGCGACUCUGCGGGGUCCGAAUUCUCGGAUGUCGGAGCAGGGGAGGACGACGUGCUGGAAUGGCGACACGAUUUUAAUGAGCGCUUCCUGGUAGGAGAUGUGAUUGGGGAGGGCAACCAGGGGCUCGUGCGGAAGGCGGUGGACCGGGAGACGGGGAAUGUGGCUGCAGUCAAGGUUUUGGCACGGGUGGCGGGGGCGGGGGGCAUGAGCGCCGUGGAGGAGAAGAAGGUGCGCUCGGAGGCGAGGUUCCUGCGGCGCCUGCAGAGCUGUCCGGCGGUGGCCAGAAUGUUUGGCGCAUACGAGGACGACGAACACGUCUACAUUGUCAUGGAGCAGCUGGACGCGGGAAGCAUGGCGGAUGGGCUAGAGGAGGCGGGGCGAUUCUCGGAGCGCGAGGCCGCGGAGCUCAUGAGCGCGGUGUUCGGUUUCCUGGCGCACUCCCACGAUCAAGGAAUAUUUUAUGGAGACGUGAAACCCGCCAACUUCAUGCUGGGCAGCUCACCCUGCCAGGACUGCAGGCAUCACUGCAGUUCUGGAAGGCUUCGAGGCUUGGCUGUGAAGGCAAUCGACUUUGGCACGUGCCAGCAGAGGAUCCCCGGCAUACACUUCAGGAAGAUGGCAGGCAGCCCCAUGUACAUGGCGCCAGAGGUGCGCCUGGGCCGAUACGAUGUGGAAGCCGACUUGUGGUCUGCAGGAGUGAUGCUAUUCCAGCUCCUAAGCGGCAGGCUGCCAUUUGCUAAGUAUGACGACACAGGGGAGCUCACUGACGCUGGCAGGCACUUGGGAUUCUCUUUUGAGGGCGACCUCUGGGCAGGCGUGUCGGCUGAGGCCAAGGAUCUCAUCACCAAGCUGUUGGUGAGGAUUCCGACACAGAGAAUUUCAGCGAGGGCUUCACUGGAUCAUUCUUGGUUUCAGAAGGCCCUUGGCCCAGAGGAAAGCUACGUUGUGGGAAAGGAAACGUCCAGCAUCGUGGUUGCUCCCAAAAUGCGAUCUGUGGCUGCCAAGGUAGAGCCCCUGUAA